AUAUAGACAUACCUGCAAGCUAGUAUAAGCUUAUCAUUUUGGAGGGAAAACCGCUGGUAGCCUUCGAGGCUAACGCGAUCUGAAAUGGCCGGAAUUAUUAAAAAGCAAAUUCUGAAACAUUUGUCAAGGUUCACCAAGAAUCUGUCCCCGGACAAAAUCAAUCUGAGUACGUUGAAGGGGGAAGGUCAGCUGUCCAACCUCGAGCUUGAUGAAGAGGUUUUGCAGAACAUGCUUGACCUGCCUACCUGGCUGGCUGUCACUCGGGUCUACUGCAACAAAGCCGCCAUCAGGAUACAAUGGACAAAGUUGAAAACAAGCCCCAUUUGCCUGUUCUUGGAUAAGGUAGAGGUAGAAAUGAGGACAUGUGAGGAGCCUCGUCCACCAAACGGCCCCUCUCCUAUAGCUAUUACAGCAGGCCAGAGCGAGUACGGCUUUGCGGAGAAAGUGGUGGAGGGCAUGUCCGUUAGGAUCAACUCCAUCACCAUCAAGGUUCAGGCUCGUGCCUUCCACGCCUCCUUCGAGCUCUGGCAGCUACAAGGAAACAGCCUCAACCCCAAAUGGCAGCGCAGUGACCUGCGCUACACCCGCGUCACGGACCCAAAGAGAGGAGAGGUGUUGACAUUCAAAGAAAUUAACUGGCAGAGUCUACGAAUCGAGGCAGAUGCCAUUGAGAGUGACGACCAGGACCUCGGCAGCACCCCGUUACGUCUCAUCACCAACCAGGGUCGCAUUCGCAUCGCUCUAAAGCGCAGAAUAAAGGACUGUAAUGUGCUGGCAUCCAAGCUGCUUUUCAUUCUGGACGACCUGUUGUGGGUUCUGACGGACUCUCAGCUCAAGGCCAUCAUCCACUAUGCCAAAUCUCUCAGCGAGGCCAUGGAGAAGUCUGCCCAGCAGAGGAAGAGCAGGACUGCUGAAUCCCUACAGACUGCUCCUCCAUCGCCUGGCCUCCACAGCCUUUGGACAGAGCCCCCACCUGCUCCUGCUGGCACUCCCAGCAACAUGAGCCAGUACUUUGAUCUCUAUGAUGUCAAGGAGUCCUCCUACCACACCUUCAUAUCCCGCCUGGAUUUACAUAUAUGCAACGACAGUUCUUCAGUGGAUGAAGAUGAGCCGCCCCCACCGGGUUUGCAGGGUGCCAUGCAGCUGACAUUCAGGAAGCUGGGUUUUGACUACUAUCCUGUCCACAGACCUGCUGAUGGAUGCCGACACUGGGAACGCCACAGUGGAGCCAUGGAGGCUCAGGCCCAGUGGGCUGGGAAACUGCUGCAUGAGUACCAGAGGAGAGCAGAGGCUUCUGGGUUUCCUGGGCCACAUACUGAGGUGCCCCAGCCAACCAAGAACACUGCUGCAAAGACUGUUCAAGAUGGACAGUCUAGUCCCAAGCUGAGCCCCUCUGACACAGAGCAGGCGUCCAGCAGGAACUCUGCCAAAGCUCCCUCUGGGUCAUCACUGAAGAGGCUGCGAUCAAGCUGUGUGGUGGUCAGAAUGGAUGACGUGGACAUUCACCAGGUGUCGACAAGAGGCCGUCAAAACAAGAAGACCCAGUCUUUAUUAUCCUGCAACCGUAAAACUCUGCAUCUGCCAGACAACAUACCAGCAGUUCAUCUGCAGUUUACUGAAUACUACUUUCCUGACAAUCCCAGUUUAUCAGUGCCCACCUCCAACCUGUAUGCCCAGCUGAAUAGCCUCCAGCUCUGUGUAGACCCGGCCAGCGUGCUGUGGAUCAAUCUGUUCUCCAGGGGUCUGCUGCACACCCUGGACCAGGUCAAAGCUUUCUACCAUUUGCAAGACAGCAACAAGGCUGACGAGCACGUAGACAUCCGUAUGGAUGCAGCUCAGCUCAAGCUGGUUAUUCCCUUGGAUUCCUCCAUAUUGGACCAUCCGGAGCGUCCACAGUCCCUCUCUGUAACUGUACCCCAGAUGGUUGUCAGCAACACCCGCCACUGCCCUCACGGCUCCAGAGUUGACCUCAACAACACCUAUGACAAGUUCGCCAGCUGCUCUUUCUUCCAGCCCACACCUCCCUGGCCCUACCCCAGAGACCACAGUGCCUUCCAGCCCAUCCCGUCCACCUUCCUCCAGCACUCCCAAGAGAUGGAGCCCGAGCCGCUGGACAGAAAGCAGCUACGAUCCCAGGAUGUCUGGUCUCUCAGCAUGUCCCGUGUGACCCUAGGUUUUGAUGGAGCUCGGCGAUUCCCCAAAGGCAGAACCCAACCUUUUGUUGAGCCCUUCGCCAUGUCUGUGUGGAUGUGUCAGCCCUCUGCCUUAAAAAAUGGUUCACCACCUUCCUUCCCCACUCCCUACAGAGCCCACCAGCCUUCUUCAGAGCAGGAAGAGGCUUCGUUUGCCUCCAUCCACUUCUUGGCCCACGCCAUCACCCCAGUGAAGAUGUGGCUCAACCACUACCAGUAUGUUGCCCUGCUGAGGAUGAAGGAUGCCAUGGCUCGGUUGGGGGCAGAGUUGGGCCGGGAUCUACGAGAUGUUAAGCAGGCUCACGGCCAGAAGACAAAGCCUGCUACAGUGUGUCUUGCCCUCCUGGUGGACUCUGCAGAAUUGGGUCUCCUGUUACCACCGGUCUGCUCAGAGCCUGAGGAAGAGGUCCCCCACACCCCCGAGACAGACAGCCCCAGCAUGACAGACUCUGACAUCUCCCCCACUCAUCACUCUGCAGAUGUGGUCCUGGAGGACAGUGGGUUAGAAAAUGGCAUCUCCUCCAUCAACACUGUGUUUGAUCAGGAUGAGCAAGAUGGCGUGGUGGAGGAGGCGUGUGAGGCUGUUGAGGAGGGAUUGGAUGGUUUGGCAACACAGGAGGACACCCCCGUUCUCUCACCUCCACUCUCACCUGGACACUCCCCCGCCCUCUCCCGUGAACCGUCCACCUUUAGCCUGGAGGGAGAGCUGUCAAGCGCCAUUAACGUCACCAAGGAUGUGACCAAAGAUGCCAUUAGUGCCUCGCUGGACCUGACCAAGGGGGCAUUUUCAAUUACAAAAGACGCCUUUAGCAUGCUGAGUCGUGGCUCAGGGAUGAGCAAAUUGUUCAGCCCACAAGCAAAGGAACAGAUCCAGCGUUCAGAAGAGUCCUCCCCCUCUCUGGCUGCCAGCCUGCGCCUCCAAUCCAUGAAGCAGUCGCCUUCCCAGCAUUCCUUUGACAGUGCUAUCUUGGAUGGCAGCCUGCCUGACGAAAACCUCUCUGUGGAUUGUGAUUUCAGCGACAAUUUUGUUGUUCUCAUGGACUCAGAGUCAGGUGUGGAGUCCAUGCGUCCCAACAACACUCCUGCAGACAGUCGAGGCAGCCCAGCUCCGGGGACAGAGGGAGGUUCAUCAGCUGAGCUCAGCAGCUCUCUGUCCCAAAGCACUGAGGACGUCAAUCAGGAUAUGUCCUCGGUGUUGCUGCUGAUCCUGAGUGGAACCGCCUGUACCAUGGAAGUAAAGGGAGAAGACCAAGUUGUGGCUUUAGAAGCCCAGAAUCUGAGCCCUUUGCAAAUGGGCAAUAUCAGGGUAGCGGACCUGCUGGCUGGCCUCAUACAAGCUCCGGGCGGGUCAGUCCAGAAACAGGGUAGCAGGAGCUCUCCAGCAGUGUGCAUGCGAGCAGAAAUGGGUCCAUCUGCUGCCAGACACUCUGCUCUGGCCGAGUCUUUGGGCUUCCUGGAUGUGAGAGUGCAGGACUGCAAGGCGGAGCUGUUAGCCUCCACAGUGGCUAACAUCGGGCCUUUUCUCGAAGACGAAUUCAGCGUUGAUGGUCAGCCAAUGAAGUUACACAUGAGCAACAUCACCAUCACUAUGAAGGAUGAUAGCCCUAAAAUCUACCCUACAGCCCCUCAACCUGUCCCGGCCUCAUUCAUUGUGGAUCAGCUGUUGCUCGAGCGCAGUGAAGAUGGCAUCAUGAGGCUCAAAGCUGAAGGUACAGACCCUAAAGCCUCAGCAGGUGUUCCUGCCGGCGGGCCGGACAACCCAAACACUUCCUGCUCUGUUCAACAGCACAGUGAGAGACCAGCACUGGAGUCGCAGCUCUCUGAUGCGCAGGCUGCUCUCGACCAGGCCCUCAGGGACAGAGAACGCCUCCUUCUGGAAGUCAAAAAGUAUGACCCCACAUUUACUCUCUGAACCUGUCUGUCUUUCACCUCUGAACCGACUGUAUCGCUGCUCCUGCUGAGGAACGGUGAUGGGAUGUAUCAGGCUGAAUGUCAGGAACCAGCAGGACUCAUUCAAAGCAUGUCUGGACAUUGGACGUGUUUGAAAAUGAGAUGAAUCCAAGUUGUGGAUCACUUCCCACUUGCUUUAUCACACUGUUCAUGAUAUUACAAAAGAGCCCCUAUAACAAUUACUAAAAGGGGAACCUAGUGAAUUCACUUACAGGUACAUUAAUGGUACUAAUUUUUACUUGGCAGUCUAGAUAUUCCUCACUGCUGUACUAAACACAUUACUUCUGGUUAUUUCUCAGUUAGUGUGGACAGUAAACUCAUUGUGUGGUUUCAGUGGUUGUCACACAGCAUGCAAGGGUAAAUAUCAUCAAGCUUUAAUUCUCUCCAGUUAAUUAUUUGUGUUAUGGAACUGUUAAGCCGAACACAUGCCAAAACCUCCUCUUCACAGGCACUGACACUGCCAGACAGCUGCUUGUCCAUCAGGCGCUCCCUCAAGAAAACACAACUUACUGUCAAGCAUGCUUUGUGAACAGUGCUAAUUUCCACGUAGCAUCGUCAUGAAGCUAAAUAGUCUUAGUAAUGUAGAUUACCUCCGUUAGGUGUGUGUUCAUUUUCAUUUAAAAGUAUUAUAAAUAUUGUCAGCUGUUACUUGUUGGAAAUGUGUUGUGAAAGGUAGGGAAAACAAUGCACUUUUUUUCUUUUUCUAUUUUAAAUUAAAGCAGAACAAUGCUGCUUUCACAGAGAGACGGAUGAAUCUCAGUUUCCGCCGUGGUUGAUUUGUCACCAGGGUGGAAUGGUUACACACCCUUACCAAGUUCUCACCGUUCUCAAAAAACGGGUUAUAUCAUUCCCCAGUGUUAUUUUUUUGUUGUGAAAUGUUGAUCAAGCCUCUUUUGUACUAUGAAACAAUGUGCUCUGUGGUUGAAUGUCCACUCAAGACGACACGCCUUUCGAUCUCUCUCUCGGUUUGGGAGAGCAGGUUGCACAGUAGCUUCAGUAUUGUAACUGGGUUCGUCUUUUCACUCCGACUCACUGGUUUAAAGAAGACUGGAAUUAUAUCAGCUACCAGAGUUAUAAUACUUGACCUCCUUAAAAUGUUUUGUAGCUUGCCAGGAAACAAGUCAGACUGCUAGUGUUAUGCACAUUCAUCGUGUAUACAGUAGUGUAGUGGUCAGACAUCAUGAAGCUCAUUCAGGAUGUUGUUUAACUUGUGUAUAUUUAUUUAGAUUUUUCCAAGCUUGUGUUUUUGUUAGACCUGAGUUACUUUACAGUGUAUUGAAGCCAUAUCAAUCAACGGAAAUGAAGCAAGCUGUGCUACUGAUACUGUAUGUGUGUACACACAGUUUGUCAUGUCUGUGAUCAAAUUCACUACAAAAACUAAUAUUUUUCAGUAGGUUUAAUCCUGAUCUGCUGCAGAUUUUACCGAUCAAGCCAGCUGCCAUUUAAAUUUAUUGCUUUCCUUUUUCUAUGCAUAAAUCAUAUAUGCAUAGAUUCAAACAAUGAUGGAUUUGUUCAGCAAAGAGACUGUUUAACAGGAUAAUAUUCAUUUGAUGAAUGCUUCCAUGAAAAAGACCUCUCUCUGAGCUACAUUUUAUGUACAAAUGUUCUAUUGUGAAAUCAGUGGUUAAGCCUGUGGAGAUAUGCCCACCUUAGUGAUUGCACAGCUGUUACAACUUAAAUGUUUUCCCAUUGUGUGCUUGGGAGACCCCUGGUGGCGAAGACUUGCCAGAGCACUCCCCACUCAAAAUAUUAUCUUUAGCUUUUCUUCUUUUUUUUUUUUUUUAACUUUGGUUGCCUUGCAAGCUAUGAAUGACAGAUUUGCAUUCUUAGAGAGGAAUGUCACAUAUUUGAAGCAAUAGAAAGACAGCUUUGGUGUAACCAAAAAAAUGACAAAACAGUAACACUACACAUUUUUGAAGGUGACUAAUAUAUAAACAAAAAAGAUUUUCAUCUCACCUGCAUGUGUACUCAACACAUCCUCAAUCUGUGUAAUAAGAUACUGCCCUUUAACCUCAGUAUCACUUAUAGUUGUGAUCUUCUUCCCAGCUUUCAGUGUUUAUGUUUUUGCAUGGCCUUAGUAGACAAAUAUACAGCGGUACAAAUUUUAACUUCCCAUGCUGGAUGCAACAUGUAGCUGUAAAGUUUAUCCAGUUUCCCUCUCCUCAGUCAGGCCUCAGUGUUAAGUAGCAUCUCUGCUCUGCUGACAAACUGGUGCUCUGAGUUCCAUCUGCUCACAACCAUGCAAAAAGGAUGGACGGAAAGUGAGGCAAGACUCACUUCAAGAUGAGCGAUGUUUUGUCUUGUCAUAUGACUGACUUGGCAAAAUCUUUGCCACCGGAAAACCAGAUGCAUGUACUGAAGUGAUGUAUAGUUUACGCCUUGUGAAUUAUUUGCACUUGUGUGAUAAAUUCACUAGAAAUUGCACUUGUUUUAAUGUAAAUCACUUCAAAGGAUUGCAGAGAAGUCCUUGUGAAAUCUUCCUAAGUGACGCAAAUGUUGGAGACCCUGUGGACAGUAUUUUUGUCAGUUGUGUAGAGUUACAUUGAAUUUUGUAUUGUCUUUAUCACUUCACUGAGACUAAUGUUGAAUUGGUUCUGUGAACCAAAGCUUGUAUGUGGAAAAUAUUUUAAAAGUGAAAGAAUAAAUGAUUAAUUGCUG